AUGCUUGAUAUUCUAUUCGGCUGGAGAAAAGCAUCAAAAUGUAAAAGGCGGAUUAGAAGACUUCAGCGCCGUCUAAAGCUUUUGAAGAACAAGAGAAGUACCAUAGUGAGGCAGUUGAGAGAUGAUGUGGCUCAACUUCUUAAACAUGGCCAUGGCCAGACUGCCUUUGACAGGGUUGAGCACCUCUUUAAGGAUGAAUGCUUGUUGGCUGUGUAUGAUCUUCUGGAAAAAUUCUGUGAAUUUAUCAUCAGCAAUCUUCAUUACAUUCGCCGAAACAAGGACUGCCCUAAUGACAUCAAUGAAGCAGUCUCAAGUCUUAUAUUUGCAUCGGCGAGAUUUGGUGACUUACCAGAACUUAUAUCUAUUAGGAAACUAUUUGCGGACCGUUAUGGCCAGAGAUUUGCCACAGUUGCACUUGAAUUACUUCCAGGAAAUCUUGUAAAUCGUCAGAUGAGAGAGAAGAUGUGCAUAAAAUCAGUUACUAAUGAUGAAAAGAGCAAACUGUUGGAAGAAAUACUUAAAAGUUCCCUUCAGUCAGGACCUUUGCUGUUGGAGUACAACAGUUCUGAAUUGCAACAGAAAUCGCAGGAAAAUGAAAGCAGAAUUGAGCCAGUUCCUAGCUCAGAAACUAUAGAUGUGAUACCCAAUGAUGGUGACAAUGAGGAGUUCUCUAACAUACAAGACGAGAAGGCGCUUGUAUGUCUCUCUUUACCGAUCUCAAGUUCCACCUUUCCUUCCACAACUGCAGAUAAAGGAAAUCUGGACACAAUGGUUUUAUCUGCGCAUCAGAAACACGAAAGACUAAUAACUUCAGCGCAGGAAAUCAGCUCGUGCGCUGUUGAAGUAUCUGAUGUUGAACAGCUAGAAAGGAGUCUAGUUGUAUAUGAUCCUGAUCUUAGACGCAAGGAGAAGAUCAAUUCCGUAGUAGAUUCAUCUUCAGAAGCUUCAGCACGGUUGCCUGAGGAAAUCGUAUACCUCGAUGACAUACAGGAAUUCGAGUCUCCACUAAGCAAAGAAAGCAAUCAGCAGGAUCAAAGACUAUUCAAGUUCAGAUCAUCUGCAGUUCUAAUUAGCGGAAAAACCGAUAUAUCAGUUAACAAAACAGCAACACGAGAUCAGGGAAAAGAGGAUCUUCAAGACCAGAAAUCAGUUUCAAGAAGCAUCAGAAAGAACAGGAGAUUUCGGAGGAGGUCAAUUUCAGGGGAGGCCACCAGCAUCACUGAUAUAGAAUGCGAAAUCUAUUAUGGAGAAUCAUACGACAGUUCGCCAAAUUAUACCCCGGAACAUCAUGAUCAAACCAGGCAAAAGCAUUUCAGGAAGAUUCCAAACAAGAAACAGGCCAGAUCAUACUAUGUUGAAGAAAUCCAAAAUGAUGAUACAAUCCAGGGCUGCAGUUUGGAUCAUCCUUGUUAUUCAUGCACUUACAAUGAGAAACAGGAGUGGAAUAACGCGCCUCAAAAGUCGACGCAUCUUCAACUGAUCGGCCACACCUCUCGCGAAGAAAAACCGCCAUUCCUCGAGGAAGAAUCAGGAAUGAUUCCGAAUCAGAAAAUGAAGAAGAGCGAAGAUGCUAAGAGUCCAACUCUGCUGAUUUCGACAUGCUCAGGAGGAUCGAGUAGUAGUUCUUCCACAAGCAUAGAAGAUAAACCUUCAUACAUAAGGGCAAUGACAUUGCCAGCUGAAAGGUCUAACAAAGAUGCAACAGUACUUGAAGGCGUGAUUCGAUCGAAUUCGUUCCCCUUUCGGGAACAUGAUCAUCAAUUGUCAUCCCACAACAGGAUUGCAUUAACCGCUGGAUAAUGUUAUUUCAUGCUUGAUUUAUUGGGGAAGCAUAACGCUUGGAUUACAAAAUAGCUCCCGGGAAAGGAGACGGGCUAUCAAAAGCUAAACUAUCUAGUGCUAUGGGAGGGGGAGUUGCCAAAAUAUGUACUCCCACCAGGGCCGAGUGGCCCAUUUUAGCUAACGAAUCUGCUACCUUAUUCCCUUCCCGGUUUAUAUGAAGUAUUUCAACCAACCAGGUUGGUUGAGCAAAAGAAAGAUUCGUCGGAGGACGUUACUGGGCCGAAUUGAGGGUCCAUUAUCAUCUUGGAUGGCUUUGACCGCUUCGAUACUGUCCAUUUCUAUUUGGACUUUUCGAAAGCCCAGCUCCCAGGUGAUUUUCAGCCCAUGGAAGGCCCCCCAAAAUUCUGCUUCAAGGAUGGGGCAAUCCCCUAUGUUCGCCGUGAAACCAAAGAGUCACUCUCCUUUGUGGUUGCGAAACACUCCGCCGGCCGUAGAUCUCUUGGCCUGUGGUGUUGUUGACCCAUCAGUGUUUAAACGAAUCCACUCCCAUGGAGGUGGUUUCCAUCUGCAGUCGUUUGGGUGACGACGUGGCAAAGGGGGGUUUUUUGGUGUGGUGAGGUUUAUCGAUCGAUUGAUUUCUGCAACCAGUGCCUUAAUUGAAUGGCUUAUGUUUAUGGAGUUUGAGUAUUUGCCUGUGAACGUCUCUUCGUUCCUGAAGUUCCAAAUCUUCCAGCAAGAUGUGGCGAACCAGAUUGGCCACUUGAUUCCCUCCUGAGAACAAGAUAGAGAUAAGUUAGAGGUAAUCCAUGUUUUUCAAUUUUGUUGUGUCCAGAAAAUGGUGUUGGUGUCUCCCUUAAUUGUAUUACAGAUUUGCAUGGUUUUAGGGCAAUCCCUAAACAAGUGAAACAGAGUUUCCUCUUUUCCACAGAAUUCACACGCAUCGUCAUCUGCAAUGUGUCGUCGUUUCCUCUCUGCAUUCGUUAGCAGUGCUUCCCGUACUAAUUUUCAUAGGAAUAAUUUGAUUUUUUCUGGGCCUUUCCUGAGCCAGACUUUCUUUUUGUAACAUCUUUUUGAUGGAACAGAUUUGGGCCGCAUGUGCUAUAUGAGUUGGGC